ACCAUUACAGUGACAUAAACAUCCAUUUUCUGUUAAAGGUCCUGCGUCUUGUUCUGUGACUGUGAGUCUCUCUCCCACCACUGGGACUUUGUGGAGCGUGAUUGCUGAGAUUCUGCGAACUGGAAACUCCUUUCUAUUCUACCUCCUCUUCUUUGGCGGGACUUGCAAAAGGGAGAGAAAAAAAGCAAUAAAUAUCUGGCGGAAAAUCUGGCAUAUUGGGAAUCCAAAUCCCAUAUAUAUUAAAAAAUCUUCCUUCCUUCCUACUCUUUCGCAAUUUGGUGCCAUUGCCUUCUGAGUUCUGCCAGCAGCCGCGGCUCCCUUUCCUUCCUUCACCGACUGAAACGCUGUUUGUGUUACGGGGUUUUAGUUUUGCUGAAAAGCCUCCACUGAUUUCGCUUUUCAACAGAGGUUAGAAAGAAGAGAUCCCUGAAGCUCUAAUUGCGAUUCGGUUAGUGCUCCCCUUUUCCUUCGUUCCUUUUGGUUUUUUUAUUCCGUUUCACGUUGUGACAUGGAGUUCUUCUCCAAUUUAAUCAUAUCUGGGUAACCCUUUGUUUUAAUCAUGUGGGUUCUCUGGUUCUCGUCACUGCCGCUCUCUCUUUCGGAUUGAGUCUGCUCGAUCCGUACAAUUUUCACAUCACCGCCAUUUUUUGCUCUGUUUCUUUCUGGGUUGGUUUCCGGUUCCUUUCAUUUUCCCCUGUUUCCAGUCUCAUCUUUUCCGCGUCACUGAGUUUUGCCGGAGACGUCCUCUGUCAUUUUUAUGUCUUCUAUGCCAAACCCACGGGAGUGGUUUUCGAUUUUUCAAACCAUUACUGAUAUUCUGUGGCGGUAUUGUUUCCGGAAGAAUGCAUGUGCUUAGAAAUAUCUAAUUUUGUUAGAGCCAAAAGCAUAAUGGAAUAUAUCUACAUUUGUUUUUGUGUUCCUGUCAAAACUCAAAAGUACCACGGGUUGGUGUUGUGCCAUAUAAGGUAAAAUUGGGGUUGCCAUCUCAUUCUCUUAACAUUUGUGAGGAUCUAGUGGGUUGUGUUUCUUCAUGUACUAGCCUCUAAAUGAAACAUGGAAGUUCUUCACGGCUUGCCCUGUUUUUAGCUAGAAUUUAGAGUGUAUGUUCUGUUUGCACAAGCAGUAAUGGCAUUAGUCUCCUUUUCCCUGGCCGAGUUCAAUAGUGUUCACAAACGUGAUAUGGCUUCUUAGUGUCACAGUAGUAUCAGUAUCUCACUGGGUGAUUAGGCCACACUGAAUUUGUUUUUGGGUAUCCAUUGUUUACUACUACAAUCUUCAAGGUGCCUUGGGGAAACUGGAAAUCUCAUGUAGUGUGGUGGGGUUGUAUUGUACUUACAGUGUGUAAUGGCAUUUAGCUCUGGAGGAUUGGCUUCUUUUGUGGUGACGAUUAUUUGUUCCCAGCACUUCCAGUAGUUUUCUGCAUAGAAACUUGUUUCAAGUGGGUAGUCAAUAGUCAUGUGGUUAACUGUAGGGAAUCAUUCAUUUGGAGGUCACUUCUCUACAACAAGCUGAUUUGUUUGUUCUUCAAUUUAUCCAAUUAAGGGUGUUCCUGAUAGAUAUAUAUUAUUAAUGCGUACUCUUUCGAGAAUUUCCAUUUGUUUGCUGUUGUUCAUCUAAUUAUUUUUUCUAUAAUUUGUGCACUCUUAAUUGCUCUGCUUUGGUGUAUUUGCUAGGGGGACCAACACUUGAAAAGAUGGGAAAAGGCCCUUCUGGUUCCGAAUCACACCCAAAGAAGCAGGGUCUGCUGAAGGACCAGGUUAGGUUGGCAAAGAGGAAAGAUUCUGAGCGUUAUGAGAUUGUUCCAAUCCAAGACUCCUUGUCGUUUGAGAAAGGCUUCUUUGUAGUCAUACGUGCAUGCCAAUUACUAGCCCAAAAGAAUGACGGGAUAAUAUUGGUAGGUUUAGCCGGUCCUUCUGGGGCUGGUAAGACCAUGUUCACUGAAAAGAUUAUCAACUUCAUGCCCAGUGUUGCUGUCAUAUCUAUGGACAACUACAAUGACGCUAGCCGAAUUGUUGAUGGGAAUUUUGAUGAUCCAAGAUUGACUGACUAUGACACAUUACUACAAAAUGUACAAGAUUUAAAAGCAGGAAGAUCUGUUGAGGUCCCUAUCUAUGAUUUCAAGUCCAGCUCUCGCACUGGAUACAGAACCGUGGAAGUUCCUGAUUCUCGCAUUGUGAUUAUUGAAGGGAUAUAUGCACUGAGUGAAAGGUUACGACCAUUGCUGGAUUUGCGAAUAUCAGUAAGAGGGGGAGUUCACUUUGACCUUGUGAAGCGGGUUUUACGAGAUAUCCAACGUGCUGGGCAGGAACCAGAAGAAAUAAUCCACCAGAUAUCGGAGACAGUAUACCCAAUGUAUAAAGCCUUCAUAGAGCCAGAUCUUCAAACUGCUCAUAUAAAAAUAAUUAACAAGUUCAACCCAUUCACUGGAUUCCAGAAUCCUACUUACAUCUUGAAGUCAGCAAGGAAUGUGGCCAUAGAUCUGAUCAAGUCUGUCUUCCCUGAAGUACACACAGAGACAACAGAGCAAACAUAUGACAUAUAUCUUCUACCACCUGGUGAAGAUCAAGAGUCUUGCCAAUCAUAUCUCAGGAUGCGCAACAAAGAAGGAAAAUACAAUCUUAUGUUUGAGGAAUGGGUGACUGAUGCUCCAUUUGUUAUAUCUCCGAGGAUCACAUUUGAAGUUAGUGUGCGUCUGCUUGGUGGGUUGAUGGCACUGGGGUAUACAAUUGCGACCAUCCUUAAAAGGAGUAGUCAUACAUUCUUUGAUGAUAGAGUAUGUGUUAAAGUUGAUUGGCUAGAACAGCUGAAUCGUCAGUAUAUCCAGGUGCAAGGAAGAGAUCGGCUUGUUGUGAGAUGCAUUGCUGAGCAGCUAGGUUUGGAAGGUUCCUACAUUCCUCGUACUUAUAUUGAACAAAUCCAACUGGAGAAGCUUGUAGAUGAAGUGAUGGCUUUGCCUGAUGAUUUGAAGACAAAGCUAAGCCUAGAUGAGGACUUAGUUUCUAGUCCCAAGGAAGCACUUCUUCGAGCCUCUGCUGACAGGGUCGCUAUGAGAAACAAGAAUCUCAGAAGUGGUAUGUCACACUCAUAUACAACUCAAGGAGACAAAAGCUACUCCAAGCUCACUGCAAUUCCAGCCAGCAACCGAAGGUACGAGGACAUAAAUUCAGAGCCUCAAUCAAUGCUGGCAAAUCAGGGAGUGAUUACGCAGCUUUCAGAACAGAUGUCUUCGCUAAAUGACAGAAUGGAUGAUUUUACAUCCCAACUAGAAGAAUUAAACUCCAAGCUAACGGUGGUGAAUAAUAAUAGUUCUCCAAGCCCGCAGCAGAACAUGGGGUUGCAUGGCGGUGAUGCGAGCAAUGGCUCCGCUCCUACUUCUUACUUUGUGUCUGGAUUGAGUAAUGGUGGCCUAGCUGGAUCCAAACUGUCCCAUUCAUCGUCACUUUCCCAGCUGGCUAAGGAUUCACCACUUCUGGAAGAGAUUGUGCGAGGACAACGCCAAGUCAUGCACAAGUUAGAUAGUUUCGGCAGUCUCCUUCAUGAGGUGACAGCAGAGAGGUCAAGGCAAUCCAGGAAAAGAAACAGUCUCACAACACCUGACUUUGAUGCCAUAGGAGUUCCCGUGGUUUUAACCCUAGCAAUUGGAGGUUUAGGGCUGUUACUGUUUAGGAGCUUUCGUACCCUGGGUUAGCAGAGAUUAACUGAACGACAAUUCUCUUUUCUUUUCCUAAAUUUUGAUUCCCAUAUGACCUCGACCUUUUUUGCCCUGGGUAACUUGUCCCUCAUUGAAUGCAAAUGCAAUGCGAAACAGAAAUCUGCUUCUUCUAGGAAAGUUGUACCAAUUUUUUGGGCUUUUGAUGAGUAGAGAUUAUGGAAGGCGGACAAAUUGUAAGGGAAGAGCGUUCAGUUUUUGUAGCUGGGGGACUUGAGAAGAAAUGAAAAAAUCUUAC